AGCUCUGGACAACAUGAAGUUUUGUGUUGGAGUUGCUAUGGGUUCCACAUUAUGCUAUGGGUUCCAUGGACUGAAAAGGGCUGAAACAAAGUCAAAAGAUGUAGCGUCCAAACCCCAGAGGGUUUUAUGACGUCGAGGGUCGUGUCAGCCUAAUCUGGUCAUCCUCGAGUGGAGCCUCACUCUGGCCGAUAGGAUUAGAGAGUAAGGGAAGAGGCUUUACCUAUUCUUGGAGUGUGUGAUGGCAGUCUUCUCCUACUGAAGACAGAGUUACAUCUACCUCUCAAAUCUGUCUUGAAAAGCCUUUUGCUGUAUGACCAAGAACACUGUGUUUCUUUCCAUUGGUGAAACCGACCCAAGCAUGGAGCUAGGAAAAGCCAAGCUUCUGAGAACCGGGUUAAACACUCUGCACCAAGCCAUUCACCCGGUGCAUGGAAUAGCCUGGACGGACGGUAAACAGGUUUGUCUCACAUCAUUGUUUUCAGUCGAAGGUGAGCCCAAAUUUGGUGACACCAAUGUCAUUGGACAGUUUGAACAUGUUUUGGGACUUUUUUGGGGACCGCUGUGCUGCUCCGGGUCUCCAGCGCUGCUUGCAGUUCAGCAUAAAAAGCAUGUCACAGUUUGGCAACUUCAGCUGAGUGCUUUGGAGCAGAAUAAACUCUUGUGCACACAGACCUGUGAAAUGAGCGAGCCGUUUCCGCUGCUGUCCCAAGGAUGUGUCUGGCAUCCCAAAAUGGACGUCUUAGCCAUUUUAACCAAGCGGGAUGCCUCUGUAUUGUUUUCAGUGCGGGUUGAUAAUCGUCGCGUGAAGGCUGAUAUCAAGGGCAGCGGUCUGAUUCAUUGUGCCUGCUGGACUAAAGACGGGACCCGCCUGGUGGUUGCCAUCGGUAGUGCACUGCACUCAUAUACUUGGAAUGACAUCCAGAAAAGCUUGGUGCCAUGCUCGUUCUGCCCUAUCUUUGAUGUAGGUGGGUAUAUCUGUGCCAUCGAGUCCACCGAUGAAGCCCAAGUGGCUGUAGCGACCGAACUUCCGCUUGACAAAAUUUGCGGGCUCAAUGCAGGCAUGGCGUUUGACCUCCCAAACGAGUCGGAGGGUUUGUGUCGUCCUUCUGCCGCUUUGACCGUCGAUACGGACUACUAUUUGGACAGACGGAGGUCAUGUGAUUCUGAGCGCUCAGGACAUGCCUCAUCCGGACCCAUAGAUUUAACAAACCUUCUUGCCAAACACCGAAAAUCGGAUCCAAGCCCACUCAUUCACUUGAGGAAACGGGAUAACUUGACUGGUACAGGUCAGGACUCGUCGCAUUUGAUUCUGGUGACCUAUGAACGCAAGGUCACCACUACGAGGAAGGUCAGCAUCCCUGGGAUCCUGGUCCCUGAUAUUAUCGCCUUCGAUCCCAAUGGGCACACGGUGGCCGUGGCGUCAAACACAUGCAACAUGAUUCUAGUUUACUGCAUCACGGAUUCAUCAAUGCCCAACGUGCAACAGAUCCAGCUCCAAAAGAACGAGCGCCCCAAAGGGGUGUGCUUUUUCACCAACAAGAUGUUGCUCUUUAUGAUUGGCCGGCAGAAGUCCAAUGAUCCUGCUUUCCUCCCCUCCUCCAACACGGACAAGUACAUCUUGAGGCUAACAGCCAAGGAGCUGGUAUUCGACGAGGAAAGCACCACCAAGUCAGAGUCGCCGAGUCAACAUCAUGGGAUUAGACGUCAUUCGGAGAACUUCACUAAAGAGGACCGUCUGUCAAUUAAGGAUCUAAUUCUUCCCGGAGGAUCUGUAAUUGUUUCACCGUCCAGUCGGAGGAAACUAAUCGAGGAGGUGCGCAGCUCAGAUCUGAGUCCUGUGGCGAGCUCUGCUGAUUUCUCUGAUAGAGCGUCCAGUGCUUCUUCUGUUACUUUAGAAAACUACGACAUGGAUCACAUCACUCGCAUGGCUUCGCUCGCUGUAGCCGGUCAGGCCAGUCGAGACUCAAGUCGACCCUGUUCACCCAGGUACGAGACCUCUGAGAAAUUAUAUUCGGAUGCCACGCCACCAAAAAACAGCAAAGAGAAGAACCUGGAGCAGCUGACACAGAACAUGGAGAGGAUUUUCACCCGGUUUGCUGAAGUUCAACAGUGCCUCUCAGAAAUCAGAGAGUUCACCCAGAAUGGCAAGAAGAUCGCUUGCAGUUAUCCAUCAGCUUAUGAACCACAAUAUGUGCACAUUACAUGUCAGAAACAGCUGUCUGAAAAUGUGUAUACGGAUGAGAGAAGGCCAUUGCUGCUGUGUGGAGGUCGGAUUUGCCUCCGGGUUGUGCAGGAACUCUUCGGCCUGACAGUUGUGGAGAUGAUGCAUGGUCCCAUGUGGAUCACUUUGGUGGCCGAUGCAGAUGGUUUUGUUCCACUCACGUUUAAACACAAAGACGAACUCACAAUCAGAAGCGCAAGACGGAAAUCACCUGCAAGACCCCCGAGUGGAGCAGAUGACUUUCCUCCUGAGAGCCCAAAAUCCCCAAGUAUGGAGAAAUGACACCCAUAUUACCUCAAAAGGACUUUAAAAGGAUAUAUUUUUAUAAUAUUCAUCUUUUAUUAUUUGAAUAUGUGUGUGGCUGUCGCAGGAAUAUUCCAAUAAAGGACAAAUUCGCCACUUUGGUAUUUAA